AUGGCUGAAGACACGCGGGACUCGACGAACUCCGGACCCAGUCCAACCUCGAACGGAGAAACCACCAACAUCGAAGAUUCGCAACGCCCUAAACCGAGGUAUGAGGCCAAAUCACAAGUCGGCAAGCUAUGGGAUGCGUUCGGGAACCCCGAGGAACCCGUGAACAUGCUGCCCGGGGCGGGCUCCAAAGGAAAGGGCUCAGAUGUUACAGUCACCGAGGCUAUGAAGUCAAUGUCCCUCAAAGACGCUACAUCGUUCUAUAAGGCGCCGUGCGCACGCGAUUCGUUACUGUUGGGAAUCGGAGCUGGAUUCGGCAUUGGUGGGGUGAGGGGAGUAUUAGGAGGAAUGCGCGCCAUGUGGACAGCCUGUAAUUGGGCUGUCGGAGCAUUUGCUCUCACUUCCCUCGCGGCCCACGAGUUCUGCCAGCGCCGCCGGGUCCAGGAGCUGGAUGGAAUGAAACAAGCUGUGGAGCUGAUGAAGGAAUUGAAGGAGAAGAAGCAACGAGAGAAGGAGCAGAAGAUCGAGCAAGCCGCACGGUUAGCGGAGGAAGAAAAGCAACGGAAGAGCUGGACCAAUCUCUCAAAUUACAAGUUCUGGUAG